AUGAAGCGGCGGGCCACCAUGGACCCCCACCAGGAGCAGCCGGCGGAAACCUACAAGAUCCAUGUGAAGAAGCUGAAAACAGUUGCCAUUGAUGUGAGCUGCACCGAUACAGUUGAUCAUAUUAAAUCUAAAGUUAGUGCCAUUGAGGGGAUUGACAAAUGCUCGCAAGAGCUAUUCUUUUCUGGGAUUCACUUGAAGAAUGAUGACAAGCUUGCUGAUUACAACAUCAUGGCAAACUCUUCUGUCGACCUUUUCGUCACAGACGGGAUGCAAAUUACUGUCAAGAUUCCCUCGGUUGGGAAGACCAUCAAUCUCAAUGUCAGGAAAUCCAAAAAGGUGGCUGAUGUCAAAGCAGAGAUUGAACAAAAAGUGGGAAUUCUAAUGAACAACCAAAUCCUGAUGUAUGCAGGUCGACAGCUUGAGGACAAUCAGCUGUUAAGUCAGUGCGACUUGAGGAAUGAGCAGCCACUUCAUGUUUUGGUUAGCCCGGUUGACAAGCUGCGCAUUUUUGUCAAUGUUAGAGGUGAAAGAACUGUUAGUGUAAAUGUGAAAUGCUGGUAUACUGUUGCUGAUGUCAAGUUGAUGAUUGAGACAUCGGAGGGUUUACCAGCAUCAACACAUGUACUCAUGCGAACUCAAUCCGGUGUUGAGGUGGUACUUGCAGAAUGUCAAACCCUGCAGGAUCAGAGUGUCAAAAACAAUGACAUUCUCGUGUUGCAGCAGAAAGUCCAGGUCUUCCUCAAGACAUGGGAGGGGAAGAGCUUAACAAUGUCUCUGCCACUGUCCAACACAACAGAGGAAGUCAUGAAGAAGAUUGGAUACAGGCUGACGAUGAAGGAAGGCAUGUACUAUCUCUGCUACAGGGGCCACAUUCUGUCUUCUGGAGAUACGCUUGAGAAGCAUGACGUCCAGAACAACUCCACCAUUGAUAUCCGCCUUCGGAACUCCAGAGUGGUGGAACCAAAGCUAAAGAAUGGCAAGGAUGCUCCUCGUAACUUCAUUUAG